AGAUCUCUUUGUGAAAUCUUUAAGAAGUUUGGUGACUGUAUGGAUUUGAUCAAUUACAAGUAUCAUUACUCUGAUAAAUUUGAUCCAUUCAACUUUGGUUACGGGUAUCCACAAUCAGAAGAAUUUAUGGCAGAAGCCGAUAAGGAGGCGUAUUGUGAAUGGACAUUUUCUAAAAGUGAUUGCAAACAAUGUGUUAUCAAACCAAGUGGUGGUGAAGUUGAAGAAAAAGAAUUUCAAGUUGUGAAUGAAUGUCCAAAGGAACAAAAUGGAGUUCAAUAUCUUUGUUUAGAAAAUGAGUGUGUAGUUGACCCCGAUUUCAAAUGCAAACCAAAGAAUUGUUCUGUUGAAGCACUCGAGAACGGUAACUGCAAAUUCGUUUACAAUCUUUGUGAUAAUGCGACAAAGUUAUUAGAAGAGACAAGACAAAAGAUAUAUGAUAAGACUGACAUUGUCAUGCGUUCGAUGCCAUGCGACUCAACUGUCUGUGUAAAUCAUAAUAGAUGUCCUUCAUUUGCAGACGACAAUGUAUGUGCACAAACUGCGGAAAAUGUCGACUAUGGUUGCAGACGACCAACCUUUACAUGCGAUGCUAAUAAUGGGUUUUACUGCAAAUUUAUUGAAUUCAACAAAAAUGAUCCAUUGGAGGACACUGAAUACUUCAGAGAACAAUCAAAUGUUAAGACGAACAACUUGUGCUACAGAUACGAAUGUGUUGAGACUUGUGAAGGUGGAUCACCAACAUAUAAGGAAAGCUUGGAAGCAGGAACAGUAAAGUGUAAACAUUAUUGGAACAAAACUUAUGACAACUCAGAACCAAUCCCAAGAAAUUUGUGUGAAGAUGCAAAAUGCAAUCCAUUAACAGGAGAGGUCGAAUAUAGAGACAAACAAUGCAUUGUUUCAGAAGAGUUCCCAACACUGACAUCAAACCAGGCCAGAUGUUUCUACUGCCAAUGUUCGUAUAUUGAUGGAGGAGCUUCACUUGUCAUGUUUGCAGAUACUGAAACUGAACAUUACCAACUCGAUGCAUGUGGUAACUGUAUGGUGAUGAACCAGUCCGACUUGACACAACAACUGAACGAAAAGGUACUCUGCAUUCUUGCUGGUGAAAUCAACAACUCUGGUGCCAUUGCAGCUGCAACUACCGUCGCUGCUGUCGUUGUCGCACUUGUGGUUGCUCUCAUCGCCGUCUCUAUUGGUCUUUUCAAGACUUAUCAAUUGGUUAGCUCCGCUAUGAAAAACGUAGUGAACGUUGCAAAUGAAAAUGCCCAGUUUAAGGCAGCAGAUAACGAAGCAGCCAAUACCAACUUCAAUGAGUAA